CGCAGGAUGGCGGUGGCGGCGGACGAGGCGGCGGCGCGCGACGUGCAGCGGCUGCUAGUGCAGUUCCAGGAUGAGGGCGGACAGCUGCUGGGCUCCCCGUUCGACGUGCCCGUGGACAUCACUCCGGACAAGCUGCAGCUCGUGUGCAACGCGCUGCUGGCCCAGGAGGAUCCCCUGCCUCUGGCUUUCUAUGUCCACGAUGCUGAGAUCGUCUCCUCAUUGGGGAAGACGCUGGAGUCACAGGCGGUGGAGACAGAGAAGGUCCUCGACAUCAUCUACCAGCCACAGGCGAUCUUCAGGGUCCGCGCUGUGACCCGCUGCACCAGCUCCUUGGAGGGUCACAGCGAGGCGGUCAUUUCCGUGGCCUUCAGCCCCACGGGAAAGUACCUGGCCAGUGGCUCUGGAGACACCACUGUGCGCUUCUGGGAUCUCAGCACCGAGACACCGCAUUUCACAUGCCAGGGACACAGACAUUGGGUCCUUAGCAUAUCCUGGUCCCCGGACGGCAAGAAGCUGGCCUCAGGCUGCAAGAAUGGCCAGAUUCUCCUGUGGGACCCAAGCACGGGGAAGCAGGUGGGCAGGACCCUUGCCGGCCACAGCAAGUGGAUCACGGGCCUGAGCUGGGAGCCCCUCCACGCGAACCCCGAGUGCCGCUACGUGGCCAGCAGCUCCAAGGAUGGCAGUGUGCGGGUCUGGGACACGACUGCAGGCCGCUGUGAGCGCAUCCUCACUGGGCACACGCAGUCAGUCACCUGUCUCCGGUGGGGAGGGGACGGGCUUCUCUACUCUGCCUCCCAGGACCGCACUAUCAAAGUCUGGAGGGCUCACGAUGGCGUGCUGUGCCGGACUCUGCAAGGCCACGGCCACUGGGUGAACACUAUGGCACUCAGCACUGACUACGCCCUGCGCACAGGGGCCUUUGAGCCCGCGGAGGCCUCCAUUAAUGCCCAGGACCUUCAGGGGUCCUUGCAGGAGUUGAAGGAGAGGGCUCUCAGCCGGUACAACCUCGUGCGGGGCCAGGGCCCAGAGAGGCUGGUGUCUGGCUCAGACGACUUCACCUUAUUCCUGUGGUCCCCAGCAGAGGACAAGAAGCCCCUCGCACGGAUGACGGGACACCAAGCCCUCAUCAACCAGGUGCUCUUCUCCCCUGACUCCCGCAUCGUUGCCAGCGCCUCCUUCGACAAGUCCAUCAAGCUGUGGGAUGGCAGGACGGGCAAGUACCUGGCUUCCCUGCGUGGCCACGUGGCUGCCGUGUACCAGAUUGCGUGGUCAGCCGACAGCCGGCUCCUGGUCAGCGGCAGCAGUGACAGCACACUGAAGGUGUGGGAUGUGAAGGCCCAGAAGCUAGCCACAGACCUGCCAGGCCAUGCGGAUGAGGUGUAUGCUGUUGACUGGAGUCCUGACGGCCAGAGGGUGGCAAGCGGUGGGAAGGACAAAUGCCUUCGGAUAUGGAGGAGAUGAGAAAUCCCACGGUUUCCUCUGCUCCCUACCUGGACUCAGCCUGCGCCAUCUGCCUGCCCUGACAGAGACCAAAGGCCAGGGUGGUAACCCUGAGAACAAGCGUGGCCUGCUGUCCUUGGACAGACCCCAGUGGGGUCCCUCUCCAGAGAAGGAAGUCAAAGGUCACAGGAGGUUAUCAUGGAGCUCAGCCCUUGGCCGUCACUCUGUACCUUGCUGGUGCCAACAGUGGUGGCAGGAGGCCAGACAAUGACUGGACCCUGCUGUUGCCUCUGCCUGCUUUUCCACUGUCAGCUCUAUUCACUGACCAAAUAAAUAACUUAUAUUUUG